AGUUCAUUUGAUGCGUCCUGUGCGAAAAUCUCGAUAUUUUUCCAUGAAGAAACCAGAACUCAACGAAUCGGCUUAUACUUCUCAACCAGAGAAGGCUUUCUCGUAAGCUUGUGCAGAAAAUGGCGUGUGUUUGAGUGAAAAACUAAUUCAAAAUCCGUAAACAAUGCAGAACAGCUGACAAGUGUGCUGAGUUUCUGUACAUUUGUUUAUAAGUUCAGUUUCUUAUACAACAGCGUCUUUACAGCCUCAACUUAGUGGAAUAAGAUGGACUAAAUGGCAUUUUUUUUCUUCGCUAACAUGUUGAAGAAUGUACAUCAAAUGUUUCAUUAAUUACAUAUUAAUUACGCUUAAGUAACGUUUAAAGAAUUUAUGACAAGCAUUAAGUUACCACUAGUGCAUUUGGCUGAGUUAUUUCCAGACCAUGUUUCCAAGAAGAAUGAAGUUUAUUCUAUGGUUUACUUGCUUUGUGUUCAUUUUCUGUGAAUGGCUGGUGUACUAUUUAGUAAUUUUUCAAUGUUCCUGGCCUGAACUAAGUCCAGAAGACAAGCAAAACAACCCAGAGCCUCUCAAUGUCAUGCUUUUAUCGGAUCCCCAUCUACUAGGCACGCAAGAUGGACACUGGUUUGAUAAACUAAGGAGAGAGUGGCAAAUGGAGAGAGCUUUUCAAACAGCUGCRACCAUAUUGCAACCAGAAGUGGUUUUUGUGCUGGGGGAUUUGUUUGACGAGGGCAUGAAAUGCAAUGACGAGGAGUUUGAUGACUAUGUCAAUCGAUUUAGAAAAAUGUUCCGACACUCAGAGGAUGUUCAUCUUCACGUUACCAUUGGUAACCAUGACAUAGGUUUUCAUGACAUAGCCUCAUCUAAUGAAAAAAACUAUCAAAGAUUUUCAAAAGCUUUCAAUAUUCCAGAUGUGGGACUUUUUCAAAUUAAAGGCAAUGUGUUUGUUACAGUGAAUUCGAUUGGACUAGAAGGAGACAACUGCACUAUGUGUGAAUCAUCGGUAAAUGCCAUCAAACAAGUUGCCAACAAGCUCCACUGCAAUGACAGAAACCAAAGAUCUUUGAGGAGAAACUUAAUCAAAGAAUUAGCGAAAAAGGAAGAAUGCGAGCUUCCAUUUGAUGCUCCUCUGCCAAUUCUGGUUCAGCAUUUCCCAUUAUAUCGAAAAAGUGAAAGCAAGUGUUCUGGUAUCGACGCACCUCCACCUGAAGAAAUGAAAAAAGAAAACCGACCKAAAUGGGAAGUGGUGUCAGAAGAAGCCACAAGUUUGUURUUAAAGUCAUUYAUGCCACGCCUUGUUCUUAGUGGCCACACCCAUCAUGGGUGUUAUGUAAUACAUGAGGAUGGGACGCCGGAACUGACCAUACCAUCGUUUAGUUGGAGGAACAGAAAUAAUCCWAGUUUUAUUAUGGCUGUGAUUACGCCCAAGAAAUUUCUGUUAUCAAAAUGUUUCAUUCCACAAGAAAACACCGUGAUAGCUAUAUAUGUUUUUUCGGCAAUUGUCCUUGUAAUUGCCAGUGCAUCGGUCUUGAAGGCCUACUUGAAGUCACUUCAGAGGAAAUUGCUCAGGAUGUUGCAAGAAAGACCUUCAAAGCCUACACAAAGAUAUUACUGAAUUAUCGAAAUUUGACGUUUUUAAAAUAAUAUAUUAAUGUAGAUUUUUGGCAAUUUUUGAAUAAAGCAUAUUUUUAAAUUUUUUUUAUUAUGCUAGAUUUAUGAAUAAUGUAAGGCAGGAAAAUUUUACAUACAAGUAAAUAACAGCUUUUAUCAACAAGUAAAGAACAAUGUAAUAACAAGCAAAUAGCAACGUUUAAUGUCAUUGAACUGGCUUCCCUUAAUUUCAUCCAAUCAAAUCUCGUUUCUCAAUAUAAUUAAUUUUUUGUCAUUCUUUUCUGAUAAACUUGUAUAAAAUAAAACCAAAGUUUUGCAUGAA